GUGCUUGUUUUAGUGUCUGUGUAUGACUCAUCCGUCUUAUCUCUUCUCCCAGCCACAGUCCAAGCCCAGAUCCAGCCCUUGUCAGGCUCCUGUAUCUUUGAGUCCAGCACACGUCAGACUCAAACUUUUCGAGCUGGACGCUCAACAAAGAUGGUAGGAGACUUUGAAAAAGUUUGAAGACUACCCCCUUUAAUAACACUGACAAGUGCCUAUAAUACAGUAGCUUCCCACUGGGCACAGACAUCAAUUCAACGUCUAUUCCACGUCGGUUCAACGUGGAAAACAUAAGAAGACUGUCUUCUCUUCUAUACAGUAGAGAUGACAGGGGCUUAUUACAAGGAUUUAACGUUUCUAGUAGUGCCUGUAGUAGUGUCUGUAGUAGUGUCUGUAGUAGAGUCUGUAGUAGUGUCUGUAGAACUGUCUGUAGUAGUGUCUGUAGGAGUGUCUGUAGUAGAGUCUGUAGUACUGUCUGUAGAACUGUCUGUAGAACUGUCUGUAGUAGUGUCUGUAGGAGUGUCUGUAGUAGAGUCUGUAGUACUGUCUGUGGAACUGUCUGUAGAACUGUCUGUAGAACUGUCUGUAGUAGUGUCUGUAGUAGUGUCUGUGGUAGUGUCUGUAGUAGAGUCUGUAGUAGUGCCUGUAGUAGUGUCUGUAGUAGAGUCUGUAGUAGUGCCUGUAGUAGUGUCUGUAGUAGAGUCUGUAGUACUGUCUGUAGUAGUGUCUGUAGUAGAUUCUGUAGUAGUGCCUGUAGUAGUGUCUGUAGUAGUGUCUGUAGUAGAGUCUGUAGUAGUGCAUGUAGUAGUGUCUGUUGUACUGUCUGUAGAACUGUCUGUAGUAGUGUAUGUAGUAGUGUCUGUAGUAUUGUCUGUAGUAGAGUCUGUAGUACUGUCUGUAGAACUGUCUGUAGUAGUGUAUGUAGUAGUGCAUGUAGUAGUGUCUGUAGUAGAGUCUGUAGUAGUGUAUGUAGUAGUGCCUGUAGUAGAGUCUGUAGUGGUGCCUGUAGUAGUGUAUGUAGUAGAGUCUGUAGUAGUGUCUGUAGUAGUGUCUGUAGUAGAGUCUGUAGUAGUGUCUGUAGUAGUGUCUGUAGAACUGUCUGUAGUAGUGUCUGUAGUAGUGUCUGUAGUAGAGUCUGUAGGCGGACUACAUUGCAGACACAUGCCAGAUCUCAGAACGCCUGGAUUGGUGUUUAACAUAUCGGUUAACCAAAUUAUAUGAUAUAGCAAUCUGAUGCCUGACUGUUCAGUCAAUGACGUGGGCACAGAACCAUUGGCUGAUGCAAUGCAACGUCUGCAAUGUAGUUGGCCAGGAACACGACCAUAAUCAUUCGGUAAGAGGUUAACGUGUAUAUUUAAAUAGAUUCAAAUGAGCCAGGCAAAGCACUUAUUGGGCAAAUCAAAGAUGCCAUUUUCUCCCUAUACUGCUCAUUUGAAUAAUUAUUUACCCCAGGCUCACUAAGGCAUAAAGUCCUGUGUAAUUAACGUGCUACGCCAAUCAGGAACUCUUAACCAGCUCUGUAUUUACUGUUUAGUUCUUAUGGAGGUAUAGAAAAGGAUUGCAUGUCCAACUAACCAAUCUCACUGGUCAUUUACUUUAGUGGCUUGAUGUUAAACCUCAUGAUACUAACUGUAAGUUGCUCUGGAUAAGAGCGUCUGCUAAAUGACUCAAAUGUAAAUGUAAAUGUAGUAGAGUCUGUAGUAGUGUAUGUAGUAGAGUAUGUAGUAGAGUCUGUAGUAAAGUCUGUAGUAGAGUCUGUAGUAGUGUCUGUAGUAGAGUCUGUAGUAGAGUCUGUAGUAAAGUCUGUAGUAGUGUCUGUAGUAGUGUAUGUAGUAGUGUAUGUAGUAGUGUUUGUAGUAUUGUCUGUAGUAGAGUCUGUAGAAGUGUCUGUAGUAGAGUCUGUAAUAGUGUAUGUAGUAGUGUUUGUAGUAUUGUCUGUAGUAGAGACUGUAGUAGUGUCUGUAGUAGUGUAUGUAGUAGUGUCUGUAGUAGUGUCUGUAGUAGAGUCUGUAGUAGUGUCUGUAGUAGAGUCUGUAGUAGUGUAUGUAGUAGUGUUUGUAGUAUUGUCUGUAGUAGAGUCUGUAGUAGUGCCUGUAGUAGUGUCUGUAGUAGUCUGUAGUAGUGUCUGUAGUAGAGUCUGUAGAACUGUCUGUAGAACUGUCUGUAGUAGUGUCUGUAGUAGUGUCUGUAGUAGAGUCUGUAGUACUGUCUGUAGAACUGUCUGUAGUAGUGUCUGUAGUAGAGUCUGUAGUAGUGUAUGUAGUAGUGUCUGUAGUAGAGUCUGUAGUUGUGUCUGUAGUAUAGUGUGUAGUAGAGUCUGUAGUAGAGUCUGUAGUAGUGUCUGUAGUAGAGUCUGUAGUACUGUAUGUAGUAGUGUAUGUAGUAGUGUCUGUAGUAGAGUAUGUAGUAGUGUAUGUAGUAAUGUUUGUAGUAGUGUCUGUAGUAGAGUCUGUAGUAGUGUCUGUAGUAGUGUCUGUAGUAGUCUGUAGUAGUGUCUGUAGUCGUGUCUAUAGUAGAGUCUGUAGUAGUGUCUGUAGUAGUGUCUGUAGUAGUGUAUGUAGUAGAGUCUGUAGUAGAGUCUGUAGUAAAGUCUGUAGUAGUGUCUGUAGUAGUGUAUGUAGUAGUGUAUGUAGUAGUGUUUGUAGUAUUGUCUGUAGUAGAGUCUGUAGAAGUGUCUGUAGUAGAGUCUGUAAUAGUGUAUGUAGUAGUGUUUGUAGUAUUGUCUGUAGUAGAGUCUGUAGUAGUGUCUGUAGUAGUGUAUGUGGUAGUGUCUGUAGUAGUGUCUGUAGUAGAGUAUGUAGUAGUGUCUGUAGUAGAGUCUGUAGUAGUGUAUGUAGUAGUGUUUGUAGUAUUGUCUGUAGUAGAGUCUGUAGUAGUGCCUGUAGUAGUGUCUGUAGUAGUCUGUAGUAGUGUCUGUAGUAGUGUCUGUAGUAGAGUCUGUAGAACUGUCUGUAGAACUGUCUGUAGUAGUGUCUGUAGUAGUGUCUGUAGUAGAGUCUGUAGUACUGUCUGUAGAACUGUCUGUAGUAGUGUCUGUAGUAGAGUCUGUAGUAGUGUCUGUAGUAGUGUCUGUAGUAGAGUCUGUAGUUGUGUCUGUAGUAGAGUCUGUAGUAGAGUCUGUAGUAGAGUCUGUAGUAGUGUCUGUAGUAGAGUCUGUAGUAGUGUAUGUAGUAGUGUCUGUAGUAGAGUCUGUAGUAGUGUAUGUAGUAAUGUUUGUAGUAGUGUCUGUAGUAGAGUCUGUAGUAGUGUCUGUAGUAGUGUCUGUAGUAGUCUGUAGUAGUGUCUGUAGUCGUGUCUAUAGUAGAGUCUGUAGUAGUGUCUGUAGUAGUGUCUGUAGUAGUGUAUGUAGUAGAGUCUGUAGUAGUGUCUGUAGUAGAGUCUGUAGUAGAGUCUGUAGUAAAGUCUGUAGUAGUGUCUGUAGUAGUGUAUGUAGUAGUGUAUGUAGUAGUGUUUGUGGUAUUGUCUGUAGUAGAGUCUGUAGAAGUGUCUGUAGUAGAGUCUGUAAUAGUGUAUGUAGUAGUGUUUGUAGUAUUGUCUGUAGUAGAGUCUGUAGUAGUGUCUGUAGUAGUGUAUGUAGUAGUGUCUGUAGUAGUGUCUGUAGUAGAGUCUGUAGUAGUGUCUGUAGUAGUGUAUGUAGUAGUGUUUGUAGUAUUGUCUGUAGUAGAGUCUGUAGUAGUGCCUGUAGUAGUGUCUGUAGUAGUGUCUGUAGUAGUGUCUGUAGUAGUGUCUGUAGUAGAGUCUGUAGAACUGUCUGUAGAACUGUCUGUAGUAGUGUCUGUAGUAGUGUCUGUAGUAGAGUCUGUAGUACUGUCUGUAUAACUGUCUGUAGUAGUGUCUGUAGUAGAGUCUGUAGUAGUGUCUGUAGUAGUGUCUGUAGUAGAGUCUGUAGUUGUGUCUGUAGUAGAGUCUGUAGUAGAGUCUGUAGUAGAGUCUGUAGUAGUGUCUGUAGUAGUGUCUGUAGUAGAGUCUGUAGUAGAGUCUGUAGUAGUGUCUGUAGUAGUGUAUGUAGUAUAGUCUGUAGUAGUGUCUGUAGUAUAGUCUGUAGAAGUGUUUGUAGUAGAGUCUGUAGUAGUGUCUGUAGUAGAGUCUGUAGUAGUGCCUGUAGUAGUGUCUGUAGUAGUGUCUGUAGUAGAGUGUAGUAGUGCCUGUAGUAGUGUCUGUAGUAGUGUCUGUAGUAGAGUCUGUAGUAGUGUCUGUAGUAGUGUCUGUAGUAGAGUCUGUAGUAGUGUCUGUAGUAGUGUCUGUAGUAGUGUAUGUAGUAGAGUCUGUAGUAGUGUCUGUAGUAGUGCCUGUAGUAGUGUCUGUAGUAGAGUCUGUAGUAGUGUCUGUAGUAGUGCCUGUAGUAGUGCCUGUAGUAGUGUCUGUAGUAGAGUCUGUAGUAGUGUCUGUAGUAGUGUCUGUAGUAGUCUGUAGUAGUGUCUGUAGUAGUGUCUGUAGUAGUGUAUGUAGUAGAGUCUGUAGUAGUGUCUGUAGUAGAGUCUGUAGUAGAGUCUGUAGUAGUGUCGGUAGUAGUGUCUGUAGUAGGCCUAGUUGUACUAGUUGUUGUACUCGUUGAUGUGGUUUAUGCAGUUGUUGCUCUGAUUGAGAGAAAGGGGAGAGAGAGAGAGACAUCUGGACUGCGUUUCCAGCACACAUCUGGAGACAUUGAAAUAACAGAUUUAGGCAUUCACAGUUCUCAGAUUUGGUUCUUAGUAGUACUAUUAUAUCCCAGAAUGAUCAAAGGACACAUAAGAAUGCAGAUUAGAUUUGUAUGACAACUACAGUACCAGUCAUAAGUUUGGACACACCUACUCAUUCAAGGGUUUCUCUUUAUUUUUACAAUUUUCUAAGUUGUAGAAGAAUAGUGAAGACAUCAAAACUAUGAAAUAACACAUAUGGAAUCAUGUAGUAACCAAAAAUGUUUUAAACAAAUCAAAAUAUAUUUGAUAUUUGAGAUUCUUCAAAUAGCCACCCUUUGCCUUGAUGACAGCUUUGCACCCUCUUGGCAUUCUCUCAACCAGCUUCACCUGGAAUGCUUUUCCAACAGUCUUGAAGGAGUUCCCACAUAUGCUGAGCACUUGUUGGCUGCUUUUCCUUCACUCUGCCGUCCGACUCAUCCCAAACCAUCUCAAUUGGGUUAAGGUUGGGGGAUUGUGGAGGCCAGGUCAUCUGAUGCAGCACUCCAUCGCUCUCCUUCUUGGUAAAAUAGCCCUUACACAGCCUGGAGGUGAGUUGGGUCAUUGUCCUGUUGAAAAACAAAUGAUAGUCCCACUAAGACCAAACCAGAUGGGAUGGCGUAUCGCUGAAGAAUACAGUGGUAGCCAUGCUGGUUAAGUGUGCCUUGAAUUCUAAAUAAAUCACAGACAGUGUUACCAGCAAAGCACCCCCACACCAUAACACCUCCUCCUCCAUGCUUUACGGUGGGAAAUACACAUGCGGAGAUCAUCCGUUCACCCACACCGCAUCUCACAAAGCCACGGCGGUUGGAUCCAAAAAUCUCCAAUUUAGACUCCAGACCAAAGGACACAUUUCCACUGGUCUAAUGUCCAUUGCUCAUAUUUCUUGGCCCAAGCAAGUCUCUUCUUAUUAUUAGUGUCCUUUAGUAGUGGUUUCUUUGCAGCGAUUCGACCAUGAAGGCCUGAUUCACACAGUCCCCUCUGAACAGUUGAUGUUGAGAUGUGUUUGUGACUUGAACUCUGUGAAGCAUUUAUUUGGGCUGCAAUUUCUGAGGCUGGUAACUCUAAUGAACUUAUCCUCUGCAGCAGAGGUAACUCUGCGUCUUCCAUUCCUGUGGUGGUCCUCAUGAGAGCUAGUUUCAUCAUAGCGCUUGAUGGUUUUUGCAACUGCACUUGAAGAAACUUGAAAAGUUCUUGAAAUGUUCCGUAUUGACUGACCUUCAUGUCUUAAAGUAAUGAUGGACUGUCGUUUCUCUUUGCUUAUUUGAGCUGUUCUUGCUAUAAUAUGGACUUAGUAUUUUACCAAAUAGGGUUAUCUUCUGUAUACCCCCCCUACCUUGUCACAACACAAGGAAAGAAAUUCCACAUAUUAACUUUUAAGAAGGCACACCUGUUAAUUGAAAUGAAUUCCAGGUGACUACCUCAUGAAGCUGGUUGAGAGAAGGCCAAUAGUGUGCAAAGCUGUCAUCAAGGCAAAGGGUGGCUAUUUGAAGAAUCUCAAAUAUCAAAUAUAUAUUUUGAUUUGUUGAAGACUUUUAUGGUUACUACAUGAUUCCAUAUGUGUUAUUUAUAGUUUUGAUGUCUUCACUAUUAUUCUACAAUCAAAAAAAUAGUAAAAAUAAAGAAAAACCCUUGAAUUAGUAGGUGUGUCCAAACUUUUGACUGGUAGUGUAUGUAAUCAUCAUUGGUCUGUAAUCAUUCUGUUUGCCUCAAGACAGGGACAUGUAAACUGUAGUUUGCUGAGAAAGCAGAAUGUGUCUCUUCCUGUUUUUGUCUAUUACUUGUGUCCUGUUGUGGCGGACUGUCUACCCUCCUUCCUCUUUAUCAUCUGGUUCCUCUCUUCCUUUUAUCAUCCAUCCUUCCCUGCCACUGUCACCCUAGGCAUCCUUUGAAAAAAAAGCUUAAUGACAAUGGAUUAAGUAGGUCCUGUUAUACUCUCUUCCUCUUUUCAAAGAACCUCUAUUCAAACUGUUUCUCUGUUCUCAGGGUCUUUCAUCUCAGUGGACCCAGGCCUAAAGGACCAGGAUGGUCAGGAGAAGAGGCCAGAGGGAGAGGAGAGCCCCGAGGGGGAGGGCAGGGCAGUUCUGCUGGGCCCAGCCAUGGAGCAGGAGGACUGGAGCUGUCUGAGGCUGGUGUACCAACUUUCCGGGUCUGGUUUCUGCAGGUCCAGCAGUGCAGGGAGGGCGAGAGCUUCAACCGGGCCCUGUGGAGCACCCAGACUGCCUCAGACAGCUGGCUCAUCUCCAGCAUUGACCUCCAGAACAGCACAGAGCCGUACAGGGUAAACAACACACCCUCAGGAACAUGGGAGGCACAUACACACUGUUAAAACAUAUGGGCUAAUAUAAAUACUGCCAUACUUAGGUGGAGGAAUGGGGCCUGGAAAAUAUUCUAAAGAGCCCCCCAAAAGAUAAACAUUGAUUAGUCCAAACAUGAAAUGACAUGCAUGUAUUGUAUCUGCUGUUCAAUCUCUGGUCUGGUCUGAUAACUGCUGCUAUGUAUUGCAUGUAACCUCUUAAAGGUGCUUCCUGCUGCACUCAACCUGACUGGUUUGAUAGAAAUAAGGGAGCAUGAAGGAAACAUGCAGUGCACUGCACACAGGCAGUCAGGCACGCACAUUACAGGAACUAACCAUGCACUUGACCUUGAACCUGCCUGGGGGGACCUGCCUUAGCUAUGACUCACUUGGGAGCUGGGAACUGUACCAUUAGCCUACGGUGGUAUAUACAAUAUGUCGUACAUUCACAGCCAACAUAAUGGUGCACAGACAUACUGUACAAUAGUUCCAUAUCCCCUCCUCAUUCAUUAACGAUUGAAGGCUAUUGCUGAACAUCUAUUUCCCAUCAGAUUGCCAUUGACGGCAGACCUGGUGAGAGCACAGGCAGCAGUGUGGCCAUCUUUGAGAUACGCAUCAAACCUGGAUACUGCUUAGGUCAGUGAGUCCCACACAUAUCAUAUACCCUUGAGAUUUGUAAGAAUUUGAAAGUGACUGACAUCAUGUACAAACACACACAGGUACGCAUGAAUGCACACAAACACGUGAGCGCGAUGACAACAUAAUGACUCAUUCUGUAUCACUUUUCAUCGAACAAAACAUGUUCAUUAUGUGACAAUAACCUUACAAUGGCCACAUUUAUAUUGUAUCUAGUGUAUAUGAAAUGUCAAUUAUAUACAAUACCAGUCAAAGGUUUGGACACACCUACUCAUUCAAGGGUUUUUCUUUAUUUUUACUAUUUUCUACAUUGUAGAAUAAUAAUGAAGACAUCAAAACUAUGAAAUAACACAUAUGGAAUCAUGUAGUAUCCAACAAAGUGUUAAACAAAUGAAAAUAAAUUUGAGAUUUGAGAUUCUUCAAAUAGCCACCAUUUGCCUUUAUGACAGCUUUGCACACUCUUGGCAUUUUCUCAACCAGCUUCAACUGGAAUGCUUUUCCAACAGUCUUGAAGGAGUUCCUAUAUAUGCUUAGCACUUGUUGCCUGCUUUUCCUUCACUCUGCCGUCCGACUCAUCCCAAACCAUCUCAAUUGGGUUGAGGUUGGGGGAUUGUGGAGGCCAGGUCAUCUGAUGCAGGACUCCAUCACUCCCCUUCUUGGUAAAAUAGCCCUUACACAGCCUGGAGGUGUGUUGGGUCAUUGUCCUGUUAAAAAACAAAUGAUAGUCCCACUAAGCCCAAACCAGAUGGGAUGGCGUAUCGCUGCAGAAUGCUGUGGUAGCCAUGCUGGUUAAGUGUGCCUUGAAUUCUAAAUAAAUCACAGACAGUGUCACCAGCAAAGCACCCCCACACCAUAACACCUCCUCCUCCAUACUUUACGGUGGGAAAUACACAUGCAGAGAUCAUCCGUUCACCCACACCGCGUCUCACAAAGCCACGGCGGAUGGAACCAAAAAUCUCCAAUUUGGACUCCAGACCAAAGGACAGAUUUCCACCGGUCUAAUGUCCAUUGCUCGUGUUCCUUGGCCCAAGCAGGUCUUUCUUCUUAUUGGUGUCCUUUAGUAGUGUUUCUUGAACUCUGUGAAGCAUUUAUUUGGGCUGCAAUUUCUGAGGGUGGUAAUUCUAAUGAACUUAUCCUCUGCAGCAGAGGUAACUCUGGGUCUUCCAUUCCUGUGGCGGUCCUUAUGAGAGCUAUUUUCAUCAUAGCGCUUGAUGGUUUUUGCGACUACACUUGAAGAAACGUUCAAAGUUCUUGAACUUUUCCAUAUUGACUGACCUUCAUGUCUAAAAGUGACGAUGGACUAUUGUUUCUCUUUGCUUUUUUGAGCUGUUCUUGCCAUAAUAUGGACUUGUUCCAAGCACACCAAGACAGUCGUGAAGAGGGCACGACAAAACCUAUUCUCCUAAGGAGACCGAAAAGAUUUGGCAUGGAUCCUCAGAUCCUCAAAAGGUCCUACAGCUGCACCAUCGAGAGCAUCCUGACUGGUUGCAUCACUGCCUGGUAUGGCAACUGCUCGGCUUCCGACCGCAAGGCACUACAGAGGUUAGUGCAUUCGGCAUUUGAUUUGAUUUGGUAUUUUACCAAAUAGGGCUAUCUCCUGUAUACCCCCCCUACCUUGUCACAACACAACUAAUUGGUCAAACGCAUUAAGAAGGAGAGAAAUUCCACAAAUUAACUUUUAAGAAGGCACACCUGUUAAUUGAAAUGCAUUCCAGGUGAUUACCUCAUGAAGCUGGUUGAUAGAAUGCCAAGAGUGUGCAAAGAUGUCAUCAAGGUAAAGGGUGGCUAUGUGAAGAAUCUCAAAUAUCAAUAUAUUUUGAUUUGUUUAACACUUUUUUGGUUACUACAUGAUUCCAUAUGUGUUAUUUCAUAGUUUUGAUGUCUUCACUAUUAUUAUACAAUGUAAAAAAUAGUAAAACUAAAGAAAAACCCUUGAAUGAGUAGGUGUGUCCAAACUUUUGACUGGUACUGUAUAAUGUCAGUUUUUUCCUCUUUUACCCCUUUCAUCAUCUGCCUGUUUAACUUGCUCUAUUUACUAUAAUAAAUAAAUACAUGUUUUAAUGAAUAAAUCUCCUGUCUUUUCAAGAAGGUUUUAAUGAGAGAGGCCCCUCGGUCCGCUUCCUCACAGUGAGGUGUUGUAUUAAUGGUUUACUAUGCUGUUGUCUCCAGAGUGUGACUAUGAGGAGUCCCACCUGUGUGGCUACAGUAACCAGUGGAACACCAAUGUCAACUGGUACAGGGGAGGAGGGGCUGCCCGGGACCCUCAUAACAACCUACCUGACGACCACACGCAGAGCAACGGAGCAGGUGAAGCCAACUCACACAUGUUAAUGCUAGUAGAUGUAUAGCAGAUAUCGCAGCUCAACACUCAAAAAUAAGAUACCACUGCUCAACACAGGCGACAAGCAAAUGACACAACCAAAACGAACAAGAACCAAAACAACUAACUCAAUACAAUAUUAACAUUCAACAGAACAACAGCAUUAUGUACAUUCAGCAGGGGACACUCAACUGGCCUCCUGCUAUGUUCACAAAAUCUAUUUUAUUUCAUAUGGCAGCAGAAUGCCAAUAAAUUGUAGCUUGAGGCAGUACAAUGGACAAGGGAAACUAGGAAGAUUGGUUUGUAUCAUCCAUAAUGGCUUCAAGUUGAAAAUGAAAGCUGCCAUUGCCUCGCAGGUCACUACAUGUAUGUGGAUUCAGUGUACGCCAAGACAUUCCAGGAGGUAGCCAAACUGGUGUCUGCUAUGUCAACGGUGCCUAUGUCGGGCUGCCUGAGCCUCCAGUACCAGCGGAGUGAGGACCGAGGGAACCUGUUCUCUGUCUACACCAGGGACCAGGCAAGCCAGUACCAGGAGCUGUGGAGAGCAGACCCAGAGGACCAGAACCUCAAUAACUGGACUGGUACCACCUCAGAG